AGCUAUAAUAGUUUCGCGGCAUGUAGUGAGCUCAUAAUUUACAGCUGGAGUGCAAAAAAAAGUUCAUUAGUUGGUAUAUAUACAUGUUCAUAUUCAUGAGGUUGGAAAAUGACAAUAUGUGAACAUACGCAUUCAGGAGACAAAUAAAAUGUAGGAUAUUGUACAUGUUGUAGGGCAUCGAUUCCUCUGUCAGAGUCGCUCCGCUCCUUCGAUUCUACUGCUUUUUUUUCAUUCAUCAAUGUUGUCAAACGUGAAAGAAUACCAGUUGCAGUAAGAAGUAUUGGGAGGUGUGGACCAUGCGGAUGUCAUAUAAAUUUGGGCUGAUCAUGGGGUUAACCUGGUUAGGUGGUCUGAUCUAUCUCAAGUCUGUAGGAAAGCAGCAGGAUCUUGCCAAAGAGUUAAUCAUCGUCAGGCAAAAGUAUGAAGAUCAGAAGAUACGUAUUCAACAAUUAGAAGGCUUGGUAGCUAGGUCGUCUUAUAACGGUGGCAAGGAAGGAGUAAAUGUUAUUUCAAGAAUGGAAAGAGAAAAUAAAGGAAAUGUUCAGGAUACGAGGCAACAGGAGCAGGCAUCAGAUUCAAAUUCCAAUUCACAGUACUGUGGAUCUGAGCCUUCCCUUGCCUAUGAAAAGAUACGAAGGAAAAUUGAUAACGGGGUAACAGAGAUCUGGUACUAUAUAAGGUCACAACUCACUCAACUCAAGAAGUCCAGUGAAGAUCAGAAAACACAAGUAAAAAUUGACCAGAUUUUAGAAGAUGGUGGAGAACAGCAAAGGUCUAUCAUGACAGAUAUCUACAACUUAAGCAGGGUGGAUGGGUACUCAUCAUGGAGACAAAAGGAGGCAAAGGAGCUGACAAAACUUGUUCAACAGAGAUUACGUUAUGUACAGAAUCCGAAAGACUGCAGCAAGGUAAAGAAGAUUUCGUGCAAUAUAAGAAUACCGUGCGGCUAUGGUUGCCAACUUCACCAUGUGACUUACUGCUUGUUGGUUGCCUUUGCCACCGGGAGGACACUUGUCCUAGAUUCUAAGGGUAUGAAAUAUGCCAAGGAGGGUUUGGACAGGUACUUCCUUCCCCUCAGUGAGACGUGUCUUGACCACAACGGGAAUUCAACAGGCAGAUGGGGGCAACAAGGUUUCGAAGAUCUUCAAGUGUUGACCCUCCCGAUAAUUGGUGGCUUUCACCCACGCCCAGAUUGGCUGCCCUUGGCCAUCCCUCAAGAUAUCUCACAGAGGCUAAUGAGGCUACAUGGUAAUCCGAUUGUUUGGUGGAUGGGACAAUUGGUGAUGUACAUCCAAAGACCGAAACCCUCCCUCCAAGAGGACAUCGACAAGAUGAAAGAAGCUAUUGGGUUUACUCAUCCCAUCGUUGGAUUACAUGUCAGGCGAACGGAUAAAAUUGGGACCGAAGCGUCCUUCCAUGCGAUAGAAGAAUACAUGUUUCACGCUGAAGAAUAUUACCAGAGACUUGAAAGGAGGCAAAAAGUGUCAGUCAGAAAAUUUUACCUGGCAACAGAUGAUGCUAGUCUUCUCAAAGAGGCUGAGGAAAAAUACCCUGAUUAUGUCUUCGUUGGUGAUCAUUCAAUAGCUAAAUCGGCUGGCCUUUCAUCAAGAUACUCAGACGAUUCCUUACGCGGCAUCAUUCUUGAUAUCUACUUCCUUUCUCGUACUGAUUUCUUUGUCGGCACAUUUUCUUCGCAGGUGUCUCGAGCGGUGUAUGAGAUGAUGCAGUAUUUACAUGAGGAAGGUGCUUCUGCAAACUUCCGAUCCCUUGAUGAUAUUUAUUUCUUCUGUGGAAUGCAUGGCCGCAAUCAGACCGCCCUCUACGAGCACAAACCGCGUGGACCCGAAGAGAUAGAAAUGAAACCCGGAGACAUUAUUAAUGUGGCUGGCAACCACUGGGAUGGAUACUCAAAAGGAACAAACCUGAAUUCAGGAUCCAAGCGAACCGGGCUCUAUCCAUCGUAUAAAGCUGAAAUUAAUGUCAGAAUCGCUAAGAUGCCUACGUAUCCAGAAGCAGAGAACUUCCAUUUAUAAUUCAAAUCAGUGGCCUACCUAGAAAACCUCUUCAGAAGGGGCAAACAUUUUUUUACAUUGAAAAAAAAUCAUCAAAAAGUUGUAAAAAUUGGUAAUAUACCCAUGGAGACUUGGAAUUGGCCGCAUUGGCAAUGUAAUAGUUAUGUAAGGUAAGGACUACUCUUCCACUGACGUCCAUUUACUCCAAUACAUAAAAUGGCUAUUAAAAUAAUGUCAAUUGAAAAAAGUUUUCCUUCAAAUAAUAUAUUUCUUUCAUGUUCAUGAGAACGUAACAAAAUAUGCAACCUUGAUUAUAUUUUGAUUUCUGCUCCUUAUGCCCAUAUGCUUGUUAUGCCUACCACUUGUCAUAAUCUAUCAUGCUUAGAUUUGUUCAGUUAUGAACUGAUUAUAACUUAUAUUAACUUGCCGCCUUGAAUUCUUGUUUCUGCCCAUUUGCUAAAGUAUGUCAUUUUAGGUUGCCUCUAUAAAGAAUACGUGGUGCAGCCCCUGUAUAUUGGAAUAGAAAAAUACUAUGAUAAAGAAAAUCUAUAGUACAUAUUUUCAGUACAUUAGGUCUAAGAUUAACUAGAAGAAAAUUAUGCUAACAUGAUAUACAAAUAGGCUUUUAUAUCGAUUCUAUUUUCUUUUUUUAAUCAAAUACAUCAAGAUAUAAGAUGAGAUAUAUCGCAUUGUAAUACAAAAUUUGUAAUUCAAAAGUUAUUAUAAUAAAGAAACUGUAUCGGAAAGGAAACAAAAGUAUUCAUCUGUAAUAAACUAUAGUAUUCAUGUUCAAGGCCUUUUCCAUAUUUUGAAACAAAAUAAAGUUUAAAUGGUUUUUUUUCUUCAAAAUUUACCUCGUAUAUUUAUAUACUAUUUGCACAUGAAUUUGUAAUUGUCUUCUUAAUCAGAUUUGGAAAUAAAUUUGAAUUGAAUUGAAUUAAAAUAUCAAGUGUGU